UGGAGUGAGAAAAGUUUGUCCGGCGGGGUGAGCGCCGCUGCGCUCUCGGAGACGCGUCCUGGCCGCUCCCGGGCACCCGCGCAGCUCCAGCCGCCUCUGGGCGAGGCCUUCCCGGGAGAGACGGCGGCGCGGGGCGCUCAGCCCCCGGGCCCCGCGAUGGCCGCCCUGCCCGCCGCCGCCGCCGCCGCCGCCGCCUGCGCCGCGCCGCCCUCCCCCGCAGGGGCCCCGGAGCCGGGCCCGCCGGGCGCUCCCCCCGGCGCGCCCGCCGCCUGCCCCGGCGUCUCCUUCCACAUCCAGAUCGGGCUGACCCGCGAGUUCGUCCUGCUGCCCGCCUCCUGCGACCUCGCCCACGUCAAGCAACUGGCCUGCUCCAUCGUGGACCAGAAGUUUCCCGAGUGCGGAUUUUAUGGCCUCUACGACAAGAUCCUCCUCUUCAAACACGACCCCUCCUCGGCCAAUAUCCUGCAGCUGGUCCGAGCCGCCUGCGACAUCCAGGAGGGUGACCUGGUGGAAGUGGUUCUCUCGGCCUCAGCGACUUUUGAGGACUUCCAGAUCCGCCCUCACGCACUCAACGUGCAUUCGUACCGCGCGCCAGCGUUCUGUGACCACUGCGGGGAGAUGCUCUUCGGCUUGGUCCGCCAAGGGCUCAAAUGUGAUGGUUGCGGCCUGAACUAUCACAAGCGCUGUGCCUUCAGCAUCCCCAACAAUUGCAGCAGCGCUCGGAAACGCCGCCUCUCGUCCACCUCGCUGGCCAACUCCCAGUCGCUGCGCCUGUCAACCACAGACUCCUUGCCCUCCACGCCGGAUGAACUCAGCCGCUGUUCGACAGAGAUCUUUCCCCGCCGCCUGGCUUCCUCCACGUACAUCGGCCGCCCCAUCAAGCUGGACAAGCUCUUCCUCUCCAAGGUGAAAGUGCCCCACACUUUCCUCAUCCACUCGUACACCCGCCCUACCGUCUGCCAGUACUGCAAGAAACUCCUGAAAGGGCUCUUCCGCCAGGGCCUUCAGUGCAAAGAUUGCAAAUUCAACUGCCACAAGCGUUGUGCGACCCGUGUGCCCAACGAUUGCCUCGGAGAGACGUUGUUCAAUGGGGGCGAUGCGCCGGCAGAAGAAUCCAGUGAUCUCAGCGAGGCUGAUAAGAACUCGCUCAUGGACGAGUCUGACGAUUCUGGGAUCAUCCCGGGGUCCCAUUCAGAGAACGAGCUGUCCAUGGGCGAGGACGCGGACAGCAUCCACAAGUCCCAGGGUUCCAUGGGGUACAUCCCCCUGAUGCGAGUGGUGCAGUCGGUCCGGCAGACGACCCGCAAGUCAAGCACGGCCCUGAAGGAAGGCUGGAUGGUGCAUUUCAGCAACAAGGACACCUUGCGGAAACGUCAUUACUGGAGGCUGGACAGCAAGUGUCUCACCCUCUUCCAGAACAACAACAGUAACCGCUACUACAAGGAGAUCCCUUUAUCGGAGAUCUUAGCAGUGGAGCCAGCUCAGGACUUGUCCCUCGUGCCGUCCGGCGCUAAUCCCCACUGCUUUGAAAUUAUUACGGCCAACGCCACCUACUACGUUGGCGAGAACGGCACCCCCAGCAACCCCCAGCAUGGCGGAGACAGCCUGGAGCAUGCCAAGGCUUGGGAGACGGCCCUCCGCCAGGCCCUCAUGCCGGUCAUCCUCCAAGGGGCUCCAGCUGCCCAGGGACAGGCCCCCCACAGGCAAGCGUCUUUGCGGAUCUCCGUGUCCAACAGCCAAAUUCAGGAGAACGUGGAUAUUGCCACCGUCUACCAGAUAUUCCCAGACGAGGUCCUGGGCUCGGGGCAGUUUGGCGUGGUCUAUGGAGGGAAGCACCGCAAGACGGGCCGGGACGUGGCGGUGAAAGUCAUUGACAAGCUCCGCUUCCCCACGAAACAGGAGAGCCAGUUGCGCAAUGAAGUCGCCAUCUUGCAGAGUUUGAGGCACCCUGGGAUUGUCAAUCUGGAGUGCAUGUUUGAAACCCCGGAGAAAGUAUUUGUCGUGAUGGAGAAGCUGCACGGGGAUAUGUUGGAGAUGAUCCUGUCUUCGGAGAAGGGGCGGCUCCCGGAGAGACUGACCAAGUUCCUGAUCACCCAGGUCCUGGUUGCCCUCCGACAUCUGCAUUUCAAGAACAUUGUCCAUUGCGACCUGAAGCCGGAAAAUGUCCUCCUGGCUUCAGCUGAGCCGUUUCCACAGGUGAAGUUGUGUGACUUUGGUUUUGCCCGCAUCAUUGGUGAGAAAUCCUUCCGACGGUCUGUGGUGGGCACCCCGGCCUACCUGGCCCCUGAGGUGCUGCUCAACCAGGGUUACAACCGCUCUCUUGACAUGUGGUCAGUGGGUGUCAUUAUGUACGUCAGCCUGAGUGGCACCUUUCCUUUCAACGAGGACGAGGACAUCAACGACCAGAUCCAGAACGCCGACUUCAUGUACCCGCAUAAUCCUUGGCGUCAGAUUUCAGUUGGAGCCAUCGAUCUGAUCAACAACCUGCUCCAGGUGAAGAUGCGGAAACGUUACAGCGUUGAUAAGUCACUCAGCCACAGUUGGCUACAGGAUUACCAGACUUGGUUGGACCUGCGGGAGCUGGAGAGCAGGACGGGCGAGCGCUACAUAACCCAUGAGAGCGAUGAUGCCCGAUGGGAGCAUUUCGCGGCCGAGCACGGCCUGCCGUAUCCUGAGCAUCUGCGCGUUCGCCAGCUGCGGGAGGAGGGAGAGGCGGCAGGAGAUCAAGAAGAGGAAAUGGAGAUGCAGGGCUUGGCCGAGAGGGUCAGCGUGCUCUGAAGGCCUGCUGCGGGGCGUGCGGAUGAAGGGCGGAGGGGCUGGGAGGCGGCCCUUCCGAAGUGGACCUUGACUGGAGCAGGCCCCAGCCUCUGCCCGAACUUGCACUGAUCGCCUCCCCAAUAAUCAUCUUGUUUUGGCGGGUCGGAAGAACGAGGGCUGCAGAGCUGCUCAGAAGCUGAGCCUGUCAAAUGUGGCGGGACCACCUUUGCUGGCCAGAGGCCACAGUUCGAAAGAGCCACGGUGGGCGAGGCAAUGAUGCAGAGUGGGCGGAGUCAUCUUACCCUUGGAUGGAGCCAGGGUUUCCU